GCAAGACGGGGGCGGCGGUGUGGAUGCUCGGUCUCGGUUUGGACCGGUUGCGAACCGAGAUGAACCGCUUACUCAACUUACUCUUUAACCAGGGUGUGUUGGACGAGCAUUUCUUGCAACUCCGGCAGCUUGAAAACGACGAUUGUCCCAACUUUGUUUCCGAUGUCGUCAACAUAUACUUCCACGAGUCCGACAAACGUCUCCGCCAUCUCAGGGAAUUACUGAUGGAGAAAGAAUUAGUGACGGAUUAUAAGAAAAUGGGAAUGCAUUUGAAUCAGUUAUUGGGUAGCAGCUCAAGCAUAGGAGCUAAAAGAGUCACCACUGUUUGCAUGGCCUUUCGCUCAGCUUCUCAUCAUAACAACAGACCGAGAUGCUUGAGGGCAUUGGAGGUUUUGGAAGAAGAAUACUGUUAUCUCAGCAACAAACUCCACGAAUUACUCCAUCUGGAGCAGCAGCAUUUGUUGGCAGUUGGCAUAAGAUAUCCAAUUCAAAAUUAGCAUCCAAACCCCCAAGAAGAAGGACAAAGUUGAAAUUUGGAAACUCAUUAUCUCAUGAUAAUAUUAGUUAUAAUAAUAAUAAUAAUAAUAAUAAUAUUUGUUACUUAAUUAUAUAGUUAUGAAUUAAUGAUGCAUAUGUUAUUGCAUCCAUGCAU